ACUUGCAGCAUUGCUCUUCGUCUCCGCUUUGCAGAAAAUUCAAGAAGCAGGCACGCAGUGCAAAGCGUAGAAACCGAAACAGAAACAGUGACAGCAACUAGCAAAUUGCCUACCCCGCGUUUUUAAUCAAUUAAAAAAAAGUCGAAUAAGUGCAAAAUAAAAUGCAGCCGCAGGCUGCCAACUGCAGCAGCCGUUGUCAAACUUCCGCGAUUCAAUGUGAAUACGGGAUACACGGAUGCAGGCGUGGGUGGUGGUAUGUCCGCAACGCAAGCGCAAACAAUAAAGUAUAAACGAAAGCAAAAAGCAAAGCAAACGCAAAAAACAGCAUAAGCCUACUGCUAAAAACAAAGUUCAGGGUCAUGGUCAACACAGCUGUGGGCUUGAAAAACUAAUUCAGAAAAAUUGCUAAAUAAAAACGACAACGACAAGCAAGAACAUGUCGAGUGAAUCGUUAACUGAAAGCGAAAGUGAGCCGUAUGACCAACUCGCGGAUGAGCUGCACAAUGUUCAGCUGGUAAAGCAUGUGACGCGCGAGAAUAUCGAUGCGCUCAAUGCCAAGUUUGCCAAUCUGCAGGAGCCGCCAGCCAUGUACUUAACAGAAUAUCAAGAGCUUACCUCGAAACUGCAUGAGCUGGAGGUGAAGGAGCAGGAGCUAAUGGAUCAGCUAAAUUCGCAGCAAGCACAACAGACGACGGUGGUACAGGUGGAACGCCACAAUCAAACUGAUCAGUCACACUAUCAGAAUCAGACCCAAAUCUUACAACAGCAGCGUCAGCUGGCGCUCAAUGAUAGUCAUGCAUCCAUACCAGCCUCUGUUACAGGGUCCGGCAAUGAUAGCCAAUGUGGCACGCUGCAGCGAACACCCAAGGUGCUGCUGCGUGCGCAUUUGCCCAAUGAGCAGCGCACCUCCGUGGAGGUGGUGGCCGGCACGCGGCUUUGUGAUGCUUUUAGAAAGGCGCUGAAGCUGCGCCAGCUGGAGACAUUCAUGUGCGAGGUGAGCACAACCCCGAACAGCAGUCAGCAUAUCAUACCGUGGAGCACGGACAUUGGCACGCUGCAUGUGGAUGAGAUUUAUGUGCGUCUGGUGGUAGACAAGCUGCUAACACCUCUCAUCAAGCAUCAGUUUAUACGCAAAACCUUUUUCUCCCUGGUUUUCUGCGAGGCCUGUCGCCGACUCCUCUUUACCGGCUUCUACUGUUGUCAGUGCAACUUUCGUUUUCAUCAGCGCUGCGCCGGACGAGUGCCCAUGUUGUGCCAGCCCUAUUCCGUGGAUAGUUACUAUGAGCGUUUGUUGUCGAACCCAGAGCAUGCGGGCGGCGUAGGCAUCGGCCGCAGCAGCGGUGUACGUAAUGUGAGUAGCCGUCGUUGUAGCAGCAGCGGCAACAGCAACACCGCGACAGCCACAGUAGCAACUGUAACUACAACUUCAGCUAGCAGCAACUCUAAAAAUUCUGCUAACCGACAGGGUCGUCCACCACGCAUUAGCCAGGACGAUCGCUCUAAUUCGGCGCCCAAUGUGUGCAUCAAUAACAUCCGGCCGUUGACCAGUGAGACGCAGCGCAGCUUAAUGCAGGCCCGGCCCCCGCUACCCCAUCCCGGCACAGAUCAUUCAAACUCCACACAAUCCUCGCCCACCAGCACGCUAAAGCACAAUCGACCGCGUGCUCGAUCCGCCGACGAGAGCAACAAGAAUCUAUUAUCGCGCGAUACAAAAAGCUCCGAGGAAAAUUGGAACAUUUUAGCGGAGGAGAUACUUAUUGGACCACGCAUUGGCUCUGGCUCCUUUGGUACGGUGUAUCGUGCACAUUGGCAUGGACCCGUAGCCGUCAAGACACUCAAAGUGAAGACACCAAGUCCUGCCCAGCUGCAGGCCUUCAAGAACGAGGUAGCAAUGCUGAAAAAGACACGACACUGCAAUAUACUUUUGUUCAUGGGAUGCGUAUCGAAGCCUUCAUUGGCCAUUGUGACGCAAUGGUGCGAGGGCAGCAGUCUCUACAAGCACGUCCAUGUCAGCGAGACCAAGUUCAAGCUCAAUACGCUCAUUGAUAUUGGUCGCCAGGUGGCGCAGGGCAUGGAUUAUCUGCAUGCCAAGAAUAUUAUACACAGGGAUCUCAAAACCAACAACAUUUUCCUGCACGAGGAUCUGUCCGUGAAAAUAGGAGAUUUCGGUCUGGCCACCGCCAAGACACGCUGGUCCGGCGAGAAGCAGGCAAAUCAGCCCACUGGCAGCAUACUAUGGAUGGCACCGGAGGUUAUACGCAUGCAGGAGCAGAAUCCCUAUUCGUUUCAGUCGGAUGUUUACGCCUUUGGCAUUGUCAUGUAUGAGUUGCUGGCUGAAUGUUUGCCCUAUUGUAAAAUUAGCAACAAGGAUCAGAUUUUGUUUAUGGUUGGACGCGGUCUGCUGCGUCCGGACAUGACGCUGGUGCGCUCGGAUGCGCCGCAAGCGCUAAAACGUCUGGCCGAGGACUGCAUCAAAUAUAAUCCCAAGGAGCGCCCGCUGUUCCGACCGCUCUUGAACAUGCUGGAGAAUAUGCUGCGCACGUUGCCCAAAAUACAUCGCAGUGCCAGCGAACCCAACUUGACGCAAUCCCAGUUGCAAAACGAUGAUUUUCUCUAUAUGUGCCCCAGUCCCAAGACGCCGGUGAACUAUAACAACUUUCAGUUCUACAAUAGUGCUGGCAAUAUCUAAUUAGAGAGUGAGAGAGGAGCGUCGGUGGCGUAGGAGUAGGAGGCUGUACCUGUACUUAUUACUUGGAGAGCAUGCGUUUGUGCUCAUCCAAAUUUGUUGAUUAAUUGGUCAAAUAGAAAAACAAAAUAACUGUUAGUUAAGCAGGCUGCAGGCUUACAUCAGCUGGAGCGAGAGAGCGUCUAAUUGCAUGCACCUACCACAUUGUUUGUCUCGCUCUGGCACACCCCCGUUUUGACUUCAGCCUUGCGCACUUGCUGUUUCCUGAAAUUUUUGACCUCAACCUGAAGCAACUUUUAAAUGUGCAUUUCUGUUAUCACAACUGCAACUAUAACUGUAAACUAACUACGCGCACAUGUACAUACAUUUAACUAUAUAUACAUACAUAUACACAAACACACACAUUUUCACAGAAACACGCCUAAACUAAACAUAAAUGCAUAUGUAUGUUAGUUAUCUACUAAACUAGCUGAUCGAGUAAUUACAUUAUAAACAAUAUACCACUUAUUACUAUA